CGCGUCAAUGUCACAGACACAGCCGGAAAGAGAAAUCGAGCAAAGCACUUCUAGUCUCCAUGUAGCGUUACCUGAAUUCACAUGUAACCAUUUUCUAGAGUAACUAUAGACAUAUCCUCAAGACCAGCCGACAAAAUGACCAGCGAAUAUACGACGAUCUCAAAGCCACUGCAACUACCUUACUUCAAAUCCGGUCUCCCUGCACCUCUCCCGACCGAUGCUGAAAUCGACGCAGCACCAGACCUAACACCCUACUAUGGACACCGCCGAAUCGUACAAGUCAACUCACACUAUGUAGUGAAAUUCGGGACGAACGUCGACCUCAUCGAAGGCGAAAAUAUGCUCUUUGUAAGCGAGAACGCCGGAAUACCAGCACCCAUCGUCUACGCGUUAUACUCGCGUGGGGAAGGAAUGACCAAAACCAAUUACAUCGUGAUGAGUAAAAUCGCAGGCCAAACGCUACAAUCGCUAUGGCUCAGCUUGGACAGCAGCGACAAGAAAACCAUCACCAAAAUGUUACACGACUACGUGUUCGCGCUCCGCAGCCUGCCAUCACCGGGCUAUUACGGCGCGCUCCAUAGGCGUAGCGGACUACUCGAGAAAGUCCUAUUGGCGCCAUCCGAGUAUCCCGACGGACCUUUUGAGACCGACGAUGCCCUCACCGAAGCUCUCCAAGAUAUCCACCGACGGAUGUGUAGGGACGGAGACCGCGCGGAGUGGUAUCGGAGGAAUUUCCCGCGGGUGCUAAAGCAUGGGCGACCGACGUUUACUCAUGGUGACCUGGCGAUGAAGAAUAUUAUGGUUGAGGAGAGGAAGGGGAGCGAUGCGAUGGGACGGGAGGACAAUGAUGAUCGUGGUGAUGGUCGUAGGCAAUGGAAAGUUACCAUUCUCAAUUGGAGUUCGGCAGGCUGGUUGCCGGUUUAUUGGGAAUAUACAACGGCCGCGUGCGGGUUCUUUUGGAGGAAAAAUGGCGAUUGGGGACUUUGGUUUGAUGAGGUCAUGGAGCCUUAUCUGGCCGAGGCGGCGUGGAUGCAGGAUUUCGGGUAUGAUGGCUAUUUCGUGUAUUGAUGGGACCAUAGUUCUGUGUUUGCAGUGACUUUUCACGUAGAGGCAGAAGGCAGCAACAGCGAGGCCAGCAAUGGACACGAGCGAAGUCAGCACGGUUGGGAGGGAAUGCCCCGUCCGCCCGGGAAUUGAUUGGACGACAGGGCGCGCGGCUGCGUGUUUCAGCUUGACUAGCGGGGCCGCACGUCGAACCUCCCUCUCUCUUCCACUUCAUCAGUACCACGAGUACACACAUGAUGAUGGUCUAUUUGUCCUGUCACAACCGUACGGGCUCUUGCAUAUCCCUUUCUCCGCACAAAAGAAUGUGAUUGUUCCUUUCCCGCU